UUCUAAGGAUUGCUAUUUGUUACUCUGAAAAUCUUUAUUUGUCGCCUUAAUUAUGUUAAAUUUACUCUAAUAUUCUUAGUUUAUCUUUUGCUGCCCUAAACAUCUAAAUUGAGUUUUAUACGACAACAAUUAUAACAAAUAAAAAUAGAUUAGGAAGUUUUGCUUCAUGUUUCACCCAUCAAUGUUGCACCAUUACUACAGGAAAUGAAGAAAAUAAAUAAAAAAUUACACGAAACUCGGACUGGCUUUUUGCAUGCUCCAUGUAACACAGCGGACAGGUUGAAAACCCGUCGCCGGAGAGCUCUGGACAGGUCGGCUACCUUUUUGAGCUCGCCGACGACGGGUUUUCAACCCGUUCGUUGGGACUUGGGAUUAUAUAUAAAAAAGUAAUAGAAGCAGGUCAACAUGUUGGGGAAACAGGCGGGUCGGCAGGCUGGGGGACGACAGCGACAUAAUUGGUUUUACCCGCUUGGACUUCUUCCUCUUUCUUUCUCCUACGCCAUCGUUUUGGUAUUGUCGUCCUUCUAAGUCUCCAGCAACAUCCUAACGCAUCUCUCUCAUCUUCCCAGCUUCGCGACAUCUUUCUCGUUCUUCUCCAAAAGCAGUCGCCCUUCUGCUAGAACUCAUGAUAGCCAAAACAUCUCUAUUUGUAAAAAGUCAUCUUCCUCGACCUCUAUAUAUUCUGUAGCUUUCAUGUUAUUUGAACUUGACAGUUUGUAGUGAGAAAAAGUUGAGUGUCUCUUUUUACCUUGGGUCCAUUGUUGUUUGCUUAAGUAGCUCAAUUUAUAGUUUCCGUGUACUGGAUGAAUUGAGCUUGGGAAGUAGAUAGGUGCUUUGUUGAGAACCAUUAUGUUUGGUUCUAGUUCGGAUUUUUCUUUGUUCAGUGAACUCGUUGUUGUACUCAUUUCAAGAUCAAUACAAUGUUCUUUUCUUCGUUAAGUUUCAAAUCCAGAAAUCCCUAUUUAGAUUGAUAAUUCAAUCUUCUUAAAUCGAGUAAUCCUUCCCAUUCCUAAUUCACAAAUUCGUCGGCGACAAAGACAAACCCACGAAACAAUUAUGCUGAGCGCAAUCCAAUUCCAGAGGGAAAUCGAGAUUGAGGUGUUCCUACUAGGACCAAUCAAGCCCUUGACGAGAGAAUUCAGAACCUGGAGUAGAGAUUGAUCACCACGAAUUACACGACCAAGUGCAUCACCAUCACGAAUCUAGCGAUCAUGAUAGGAGGCCACAGAAACUACCGAGAGGGAUAGUUGUUGAUUUACGAGGAAUUAAGCUCUUGAUUCCUUCAUUUCAAGGAACUAACAAUGCUUCCACCUACCUGGAUUGAGAGAGGAAGAUCAUCCUUUUCUUUCAAUGUGAUAAUUACACGAAAUCAUAGAAAGUUUUGCUUGCUACGUACGAGUUCACAGAUUACGCUGCAACUUGGUGGGAACAUACACAACUUCAUCGUCAGAGGAAUUUGCAUCCGGAUGUGGCAACCUGGGCUGAAUUGAGAGGGAUAAUGAGAGAGAGAGAGAGAGAGAGAGGUUUGUGCCUGGAUACUAUCAAAGAGAACUCUUUGAUUCGCUGCAAGGGAUUCGAGGAUUGAGUUCUGUUGUCGAGUAUUCCAGGAAGCUUGAACUGUUCUUGAUGAGGGAAGACGUAAGGGAGGACAAGAUUUCUGCAUGGACUCAAUCUAGAAAUCAAGCAUCAAAUGGAGCUUGGUCAACUUUUGGAGCUUAAGGAGAUGGUACACCUUCAAAUUAAGGCGGAAAAGCAGCAGAAAUUGAUGUCCGGAAGAAGGUAUUUACCUUCCAUUAAAACUGUUACAGGGCACACUUACGAGGCCAAGUCCCAUCAGUUCAGUUCGGAAGGAGCUAAGCCAGCUCCCAGGAACACUGCUCAUAUAUUCCAAAAGGUCCAGGAGGAUCAUCGAACAUCAUUCGAUGUUUAAAAUGAUUGGGACGAAGUUACAAAGCAAAUCAGUGCCCCAACAAAAAGGUACUAGUACUUCGAGAUGAAGAGUACUUCUCCGAGGAAGAAGAAGAUCAGCCAAGGGAAGCAUAAAUCGAUUCUAAUGGUGGUGUUGAUGAUCACAUCACUGCUGAAAUCCCUGCAACAGGUAAAUUUCUCGGAGUCAACCGUCGAGUGCUGGCCAUCAAAGCUCAAUCAGAGACAGAGAAACUCGACAAUUUGUUCCAUACGCGUUGUAUGGUUGAUGAGAUAUUGCUUUAUGUCGUCAUUGAUGGUGUUAGUUGUACCAAUGUGGUGAGUCUUGAUACCGUAAGGAAACAAGGAUUGGAUACGAUCUCAGCCUUACACUCUUCUUUGGGUGAAUGACUAUGGAGCUAUCAAAGUUACCAAGUAAGCCAAUGUUUGUUUUGAAAUUGGUGGGUAUAAAGAUGAGAUGUGGUGUGAUGUUGCAUAAAUGAAGGCGACUCAUCUAUUUCUAGACAGACCAUGGAAAAUUGGCAAUACAUUUGUAGAGUUAUUCACAAAGGAAGAGACAAUUGCUACAAGUUCAAGCAAGGAGGCUGAAAAAUUAUGCUCAAACCACUAACUCCAGCCGAAGUCCGACAAGAUCAACGACAAUUGUAGCUGAGCUAAGCAAAGGAGAAGAGUGAUUCGAGUAGCUCGAAGUUGGAGAAAAGCAGUGGGGCCAAAUUUAUAGCUCGACAAUACUUAUUGACUGCUAUGUGAGGAGUUCCAAACAUGAAGCUGGUUAAAGUAGGUCGCCCUUGUUCCGAAAAAACAGAACUCGAGUUCUGAUGAGGUCGUCGUGGCACUAUAGGACUAUUCGACUAUUGCCACCACUUGGAACGAGUUUCUGGGAGGCCCAAGAAUGAUUCCCCACAUAGCAGCAACUCUAGACAAACGAGAAUAAAACGCCCAAAUUGGAAUUCGACAAUCUGGAGUUGAAAAAAUUUAAAUCCAACUUUGGGGGGAAACUUUGAGGGCCGAGUCGACGCUUAUCAAGGCUAGUCGAUGUUUGGGUUCACUCGGGAAUUUUAAUUCGAAGAAUGAGCAAGAUCGAAAGUGCAGUGGAUUGGAAGAUGGAAGCUUGAAUUGUUCAAACUUGAAUUUUGGGGAUUUCCUAGAGUUCGUCAUGGAACUAAGAACUUCAGUAAAGUUUGUGGUUUAUCAAUCAAGUAAUUCACCCUUGAUUGUGGCGAGCAUCUACCCCAAUUGAUAGAGCCUUCUCCCAGAUGUGAGGUUGCACUUCAAUUCCAUCCUUGUCCGACCCAAAUAGCUAGGUUAUUUGAGUUGUUCUUGGUUCGAGUUUCAUUGAUCAAUCAAACUCUUUGAUUGAUCGAGUUUAGCUGUGUAACUCUGGUCAUUGAUCUCCAUUGAGAUCACAUCAAUUGCUUGGAGAAUUAGCAAUUAAGAAUCCAUGCGAGCUUUUCACAAUCCUCGAAUCCCUGGUAAGAAGCUCCUCUUAUUUCUCAAUUGAUAUAUCUGUGGGUACUGGGUAGCCGUGACUUAAAUUUCAAGACCUUGCGAUUUUCUCCAAAGUACAUUAGGUUUAAACAUAAUAUUUUUAAAAUACAAUAGUUCUUUUAUCGAAUUUCUGAACUACACAUGUUUUGUAUUGAUUGCUUAGAUUAAAAGUGAUUUGUGUAAAAAUCAUUGAGCUGGAAAUCGAUUGUACUUGAUCGUUGAUGGGCAAAACGAUCAGUGAUUGAUCGUCGAUGCGUAGAGUGAUUUGUGGGAUGAGAUGGGAUGCUAACCACCUAAUAGCUUAGUAUCGUAGUAACCCUUCCCAUCUCAUUCGUUUAUAAUUAAUUCAAUCUAAGGGUGGUUUUGAUAAAAGGGGUAUUUUGGCAAGUUAUGCAUGUGAUCACACCCUUGGGAAUAAGCGUGUGAGAUUUGU